UUAUAUUUUUGGUCAGAGUUUUAAUGACAAAGUUUAGUCCAAGUGGCCUUUUCCAUUCCAUGAGUACAAUUUUUAUCUUUUACAUUGCAGGCCUAUGGAUUGCCGAGCCGCUUUCCAUUGUGCGUUGGUGAGAUGUCAUAUUCAUCGCGGUAAUUAGCUGUCAUUCACAUCUCGUCACAACUAGCAAUGACAACAAACACAGCGGGAUAUCACAUUCCAUCUCACCAUCCUCAUGCGGACUCUACCAAGGUCACACGGUCAUCAUUCAAACCUCCACAAUCAUUUCCCAAGUAUAGAUGUCUUCACAAAUUUCAAACAUGUGAUAGCUAUUUCAUGUGAAGCAUUCCUCUAAGAUUUCAUCCUCAACAUACGAGUGAUUUAACUGGUUACAUUGAGAGACCUUGAUGAUUCCGUAGCCACAUGCAAGAGCCAUUCAGUGAGCUUUACAUACGACAUAGUUGUAAGAACAUCAACUGAACAUUGGGAUUGUGGAGGAUAAAGGUAUGAUGGACACCAUACAUUCUGUAUAUAGAUCAAACAGUGAUAUCAUUACAAAAUAGUCGUGACACAGUGUGUUAUAAAGUUAGUCAGGUGGGAUGUCAAAAUAAGUCAAACAUAACUAAUUGUGUAAAUCCAACGGAACUUGAUGAUUGUGCAGUGACAGAUUACACGGAUGAAUACAACGAGGGUGUGAAACAGAAUCGUGCCAGAGUAACAACUAAUACAUGAAUGUGACUUUCAGUUCUUAGUGCCUUAAGUGUUUUUAUCAAGCAUCGAAUCUGAAAGUGUGUUAACGUGUUAAUAUAUAGUGUCACAUCAUCAGUGUGCGUGCUGUUGUACAGAAGAAUGGGAAACAUGGAUAUCCUCGUGGACCACUUCAAUACCAACACCAGUUGGUACACGCCCCACAGCAGUGUGGAGCCGACCAACCACACACCCAUGGGCAGUGCCCCAGGGACAGAAACAGUCAACGAGUUUAUGCUGCAUUACAGUCAGUACCAUGGAUUCAUCAGUGCGGUGAUCUGUGUGUUCGGAGUUGUAUCCAAUAUUUUAAACAUCAUAGUGCUGACACAGCGUCACAUGAUCACACCCACAAACUACAUUCUGAUUGCGCUGGCCAUCUCCGAUGUACUCACAAUGUCUUUCUACCUGGUUUAUGCAAUCUACUUCUACUGCUACGCCAUCCCUUUUACCAUCUACGGUCACUCGGAGGGCUGGAUAUACUUCGUGUGUAUUAACAUCCUUGUGGUGAUAACAUGUCACAACAUGGCUAUGUGGCUCACUGUGUCGCUUGCUGUAUUCCGAUACAUCUUUGUAUGUCAUCAUGUUGUAGCCAAUCAGCUUUGUAGUCUUCAGCGUGCGAAAAUUACUAUUGCCGUGGUAAUGUUUACAACUAUUAUUACUUGUACCCCAAACUACUUCCUGUACCAAGUAGUGGAGAUGAAAAUCGGCAACAAUCAGACAGGCUACUGGGUGAUCCAGAGCGAGUUUGCAUCAAACAAUAUUUACUUUCAGCCAAUCACUUUCUGGAUAUACGGAGUAAUAAUAAAAAUAGCACCUUGUGUUUUACUAACUAUACUAAGUGCAUGUAUAAUAUACAAAAUGAAUGAGGCAAGCAAGCGUCGCCAACGGUUACUGCAGCAGUCCGGUCGCCAUAACGAGGAGGCACUUGCUGAACAUAACCGCACCACCAUGAUGUUGGUGGCUGUUGUUUUAUUUUUUGUCAUUACAGAAUUCCCACAAGGCAUCCUGGCAGCCAUUAGUGGCCUCAACGACACAUUUUUUCAGAAUGUCUACUCGAACCUAGGAGACAUCAUGGAUCUCCUCGUUCUCAUCAACAGUGCCAUCAACUUCAUCCUCUACUGCAUCAUGAGCCAACAGUUUCGCGACACUUUCAAAAACUUGUUUGUCUGCAAACUACAGAAAGUACGCAACCACAACUCCAACACAUCCCGACAGAAUGGUUCCUCGUCGUAUUACAAUGUGAAAACCGAGUCCACUCAGGUGUAACGUUAGAAUGUGUAGGUUUCAGGUAUUCUAGGAGGUAAUCAAAAUUAUCUUGUGACUUUUGUGGCUCGAGUGUCCACAUUAGGCCAGAGCCUUAUUGACAAACCAUGGCAACUGUUACUAUGGUUCCAGUGAUAAGUUACCAAGUCUUCAGUAGCAAUCAUGUUACUACAGCAGAGAUCCCUACAGGAUUUAGGAACAAGUGAUGACUUGUCAGUGAUCAGUUACGAUGUAACUGUUAGUAACAAACUUGUUACAGUGGUCCUAACUAAGAUGACUGUGGCCUUAGUAACAAUAACUAAACUAUCUGUUAGGCUGCCGACUGUGACCAUACUACAGUAACUUUGGAGACUAAUUUGUUACUGCUAUGGUAUAUCAGGGCAACAGACACUGUGCUAACAGAGUGGCCUUGUAACUAUUGGAGUACGGAAUACUGAAACAUGAUUUUUUUUCUGGUUUUCUGGCAAACAACGACAGUCUGCUAUAGUAUAAGAAAUAAUAUCUGUGAUUUCUGUCACGGGAAGAAUAACUAGUAACCCUUAUAGAGGUACAAACAAUGAGUGUUCAGAUGAGAAGGUGUUUGGAAUCCUGUCCUUAGCCAUUCAGCUUUACUCUGAUCGGUAAUUUUGUUAGUCCUGAAAGUGUACGGUACUGCUGAUCCAAAAGAGCUGUGGAUUGUCAACUAUUCAGACAGUUGAGUGUUAUCAACCAUAGCAACAGACAAUUCUGGAUAGCUACUAGCUGUAUUGAGAGAGGGAGCCAUAGGGAUCAGUUACAGACAACACGACCUAGUUACCAUGGGAUCGGUUACAGACGACACAACCUAGUUACCAUGGCAAUCGGUUACAGAUGACACAACCUAGUUACCAUGGGGAUCGGUUGUUUACCUAGUUACCGUGAGGAUCGGUUACAGAGGAUAUGUUUACCUAGUUACCAUGGGGAUCGGUUACAGAGGAUAUGUUUACCUAGUUACCAUGGGGAUCAGUUUCAGAGGAUAUGUUUACCUAGUUACCAUGGGGAUCGGUUACAGAGGAUAUGUUUACCUAGUUACCAUAGGGAUCGGUUACAGAGGAUAUGUUUACCUAGUUACCAUGGGGAUCGGUUACAGAUGAUAUGUUUACUUAAUUACCAUGGGGAUCGGUUACAGAUGAUAUGUUUACCUAGUAACCAUGGGGAUCGGUUACUGAUGAUAUGUUCACAUACAUGCUCCAAAUCUGCUAAUUGGGUGUAUACAAUAAAACAGUUAACACAGGGGAAUGUGUCUGUAUAUGUACCAAUAAAAGCAGUUAAGACAUUGGGAGCUUCUAGUGAACACUUCAGUGAAGAACUUCAAUAGUGAACAACUUCUAUAGUGAACAACUUCUAUAGUGAACACAUUCUAAUGAACACGUCAGUGACAAAGAAAGCAUGUUACAUUACUCAGAAAACUAUGGAUAAGUUCCUUGUGUGUUUGUCAUUAAGUGAACAACUAAAAAGUAUGUAAUUACUAAGUUGGUAACUAUGGAACGGUAUAUGUGUUGUUAAAAUCAUUUCUUCAAUGUGUGACUACAUAGGUAUACCGUUGGAACUAAGUUGUUGUGUGGAUCCCUCCUACAGUUUGGUCAUUAUAAUAUACUGAAAAAAAAAAUCCUGAAGAAAAAACAAUCUAAGGGCAUCAAGUAUUUAAGUAACCCAUAUCCUGUGUAUUUAUCCAGUAUAUAGUUUUGAUGAGACAGUCACAGAUACUGUGUAAGAAUCCAGAAUGUAAUUUUGGUAAUAACAUGCAUGCUAUUGCUUUGUAAGGAGUGGAGAUAUAAAACUGCCUAUUGUCUGUA